GUUGUUUUGCUUGAUGAUGUUACAACAGAUGAAACUUUAACUGCAAUCAUUUGCUUGCUAUCAAUGGUUGUAAGAAAAAUGAAUAAUUCAACUUUACUAAAGCUUCAACAAUUAAAUGUUCAUGAAACAUUUACAAAACUGUUAAUCAAGUACAUGAAUUCAGACCACUGUGCUUUAUUGAGAAAUUUAUUGAGCAUAAUGUAUGGCUUUUUGAAAACAAGAACUGUAUGGCCUGAAAAAUGUGAAGAGGUUAGAGUUAUUCUUGAGUUUGUUACUCAUCAUAAACCUAAGGUAUAUAAUGUCUUUUCUGAUUGCUCUUUAUAUAUUUAA